UGGAUUGUUGUUGGUUUUUAUGUUUUUUUUUUUCCUGGGUUCCGACUUUCGCCAAUGUCAUCUGAUGUUUAUUGUCUCAAUGUUAUGUUAUUAUAUCUCUCUACUCUCCAUGUUUGACUCCAUUCGCCUGGAUUGAAAUCACAACUUUCAUCUGCUUGAAAAUCUCAGUACAAUGGUUAUUACUAGAGUAGGUGUGUUUGAAGAUCUCGCACCGGAUCUAGAGGAUUAUCAUCAUCAUUAUCAAUAACCACGACAUGAAACGGAAACUCGAAGUAGAUGAGGAAGCAGAAGAAGCAAAAGCAAUGCAAAUGAUGGAUAAUAGUGACGAUAUGAUCCAAUUAUUUGUUAAGACCUUUUCAUCAUCCAACAAUUAUGAUAACACCAGCAGCAGCCUAGUUCUGUUUGUUAAGCCUGAUGAAACCAUAAAAUCCAUUCACGAGAAAAUAGAAGCAACGACAGGUAUCCCGGUUAGUUUCCAAAGAUUACUAUAUGCAGGAAAGCAGCUUCAUUCUGAGCAUACAUUGCUUCAAUCUAAUAUCAUUAAUAAUGACUCCUCUUUACAUUUAGUAGCCCGAAUGCCAAGCAUCCCCUAUCCGAUGGCCUCUCACCAUGUCAAUGAUUUGCUUUCCUUUGUUUACAGGAUGCGUCGUAGUAGUAACCGCAAGAAUGACCAUCUUGAUCAUUGUCUCCUCGACUCCAAGCUUAAGAAAUUCUCUAAAACCGCUUUCUCCCCCAAACACCACGUUUAUCGUGCUUCUGUUUAUCUUAAUAUCUUCCGUUCUUAUGGUGCCCCAGAAGCACUUGUUCUGCUUUACAUGUCUCCUCCUCACAAACAAUCUGCUCUACAUUCCCUUCGAUCCUUUUUCACUUCUGUUCCCGAAUCUUUUUAUCCGAUCUUUACGCCUCUCCUCUUGCACUUUUCUAGAUUGCUCCUUUCUUCCGGUGCUCACGAUGACCCUUUUUAUAUAUUCUGUCGUAAUUGUCUUGGAUCCAUGCUCACCUCUGUUUCCAUCUCCUCCUCCCCCCCAGGCCCAUACAGUGAUGAUGAUCGUAAGCAGCCUGACGUCAUUUCAGCUCAUGACUUACUUCCGUUUGUAUAUCAGAUUGCCACUAAUUUGUCACCCUCUUCAAUGAAUUUUGAAGGUGACGUCAUUGAUUUUACUAACUUUGUGGGCCCUAUCAAGAAGUCAAUCCUUGUUCACCAGGUCCCUUUUCAGACUGAUCUCAUACACUCACAACCAAGGCACUACUGCUACGGUAACAACCCCUACCCCCACCCUUGCUACAUCCGUGACUUUUUUUAUACGAUCUUUCCUAUUCUGUCUUCGGCAAUGAAAGCCUGCCUCAACAAAGUGGAGGAACAUAUAAAAGUCGGGAAACAAAAAGCAGACAAAAAUAUUCGAUGGGGUCACUAUUUCUCGAUUUUGACCCAAGUGUGUCACAUUGCUAAACUAUAUGAGGGCGCAGAAGAAAUCUUUAUGACGGAUAUGAGGCUAAAUAAGGUUGCUUUGUGUUAUCUCAUUCUUAGAUAUGCCAAGAGAGGUGAAGAUUACAAGUGGAUUCUUGACCAUAAGGAUCUCACCGACUUUCAGUCUAGAAGACAUUUGGUUAUGUUGUUACUUCCAGAGCUCAAGAAUGACGACUAUGACAACAUCCAUGAGAUGCUUAUUGACAGAUCACAAUUGUUGGCUGAAUCCUUUAACUAUAUUUUUCUAGCAAAGACCAAGGCUUUGCGUCGUGGCUUAUUCAUGGGAUUCAUAAAUGAGGAAGCUACCGGCCCUGGUGUAUUACGAGAAUGGUUUUUAUUGGUGUGCCAAUCUAUCUUUGAUCCCCAUAAUGCUCUCUUCCUUCCUUGCCCCAAUGAUCGAAGAAGAUUCUUUCCUAAUCCAGCAUCUAAGGACCCAGCGCACCUUGAUUAUUAUCAAUUUGCAGGCAGGGUAAUUGCCCUAGCCUUGAUGCAUAAAAUGCAAGUCGGCAUUGUAUUUGACAGGACGUUCUUCUUGCAAUUGGCUGGAUUCAAUAUCUCGUUGGAUGAUGUAAAGGAGUCAGAUCCAUACUUUUAUAGUAGCUGCAAGCAGAUACUGGAUAUGGAUUCUUGUGCAGUGGAUGAAGACGCCCUUGGUCUAACCUUCGUUUGGGAGUUUGAAGAGUUAGGGUCCAUGAAAGUUUUGGAGCUUCUCCCCAAUGGAAAAGACAUUCCUGUGAAUAGCAGAAAUAGGAAGGAGUACAUCCAUCUUCUCAUUAGACAUUGCUUCUUGACGUCUGUUACCCAGCAGGUAACCCGGUUCGCUCAAGGAUUUACAGAUAUUGUUACAAAGGAUGAAUUUCGGAAAUUAAUUUUCAAGAGCUUAGAGCUUAGAGACCUUGAUGGGAUGUUGUAUGGGAGUGAAAGUGAUAUCUGUGUCGACGAUUGGAAGGCACAUACAGAAUAUAUGGACUAUAGAGUUACUGAUCGCCAAAUAAAAUGGUUCUGGAAGAUUGUCGAAAAGAUGACAGCAGAGCAACGGAAGGUUCUUCUCUUCUUCUGGACGUCAGUGAAGUAUCUCCCUGUAGAAGGUUUCGGUGGUCUAGCUUCAAAGCUAUCCAUUUGCCGAUCAAAUGAGAAAGUUAACCGUCUGCCUUCUUCUCACACAUGCUUCUACCAAAUAUGUUUUCCUGCUUACCCAUCAAAGGCUGUGAUGCAACGACGCCUAAAUAUGAUUACUCAGGAGCACGUUGGCUGCAGCUUUGGAACAUUGUGAAAGAGUUUCUUCUGCAAUUAUUAGACAUCUUCUUGUGCUUAAUUUUGUACAGAAUUUAGGGUAGAUUACUAGAUUAUCAUGGAUAUUUCUUAUAAUUUAGGGUAAAUUAUUAUAAAAUUUUCUUAGAAUUUAGGGUAAAUUAUCAUGAAAUUAUUUCACUAGGCUUCAUGAUGCUUUUUUUUUUUAAUCACCUUUCAUUAGGUUUUCUGCCAAAAGUCCCUUGUCUAUAGGGAAAAUGUUAUUUAAUGUUUUACUCAUAUCAAUUUUCACACAUGUUAAACAGCUCCUUAAUUUUUACACA